AUGGGUGCCUGUGUGUCUUCAAGCAGAAGGCGGAGACCGCAGAGAUUGCGCUGCACAUAUCGCCGCGGAAAGGUUUUGAGAAACACGCCUACCAUACGCGCCAGUGAUGUGGGGACCUGUGCUGCUUCUGGAGAAGUUGUCCAUGUGGAGACUUCCGCGGCCACUCGCAGGAAGUCCGAUGGCUCUAAUGUAACAUUCCACCUCACACAGCUGCAGUGGCAUCAUAGCGAGCUAGACUCUGAAAAUGGAAGCGGAUCGAAAGUCCUUAUAUUUUGCCCUAUUGGUGCAGUUGUAUGUCAGGAAGAAGCAUGGUUCGAUUCUGUCAGUAUUUUGGGGUCUGAUUCCGAUGAGGACUUCAGCAGUGUCAACGGAGACUUUCCUGCCAUGUCGAGCGCAGGAAGGACACACUUAGUGCAGUGUGAAGAUGCUUCAUGCAUUGCUGAUUGCAUCCAGAAGUUCGAGAAGUUUUUCGACAGUUCAUGUGUUGCUCAAGCUGUUGAACAGUACCUAACAAGAGAUGCAAACUGUAUGGAUAAAUCAAGCCAAUCCGGUGUUCAGGAAGCAGAGAGGCUUAAAAUUGCAAGUUCGGAAACAUCUGAUAUCUCUGGUGCAAAGGUGGAGGAAGCAAAGACAAAAAAUGAUGGCGUAAAAAUGCUGACAAAACUUCGAAGAGGUGACGAGGCAUGCAAUAAUUUGAAGUCUUUCAAAGAUGGAGAAAAAUCUCAUGAAAGUAUCUUCAAAAGUUUGACACCAGUGUGCACGCCUCGUCAUGCUAAUAAGGUUCAGCCUUUGGGAGUGGCGAGCCCACGGGGCCAAAAGAAGAAGUCAGGAGUUGUCAGGCUCUCUUUCACGAGGACAUCUUUUGAUGGGGAGCAAAUUACUGAAAUAUGCUCUAGGAGGUACUUGAUUCGUCCAAGAGCCGGGCUAUUGAUUCCUCAAGCCAGCGAGAAAAUAUCAGAAGGUUGUUGGUCCAUUCUUGAGCCUUCGACCUUCAAGCUACGCGGAGAAAGCUUUUUCAGAGACAAAAAGAAGGCAGCUGCCCCAGGAAGUUCUCCAUAUACUCCAAUCGGCGUGGACAUGUUCAUGUCACCAAGGAAAAUACAUCACAUUGCCCAGCAUAUUGAGCUACCAUCUAUAAGGCCAAGUGAGAAAGUUCCUUCGUUACUUAUCGUAAAUAUUCAGAUGCCUACAUAUCCGACUGCUAUCUUCCUUGGGGACAGCGAUGGGGAAGGGAUUAACCUGGUGUUGUAUUUCAAACUGAACGACAACUUUGAGAAAGAUAUUUCUCCUUACUUCUAUGAGAGUAUCAAGAGACUUGUAAGCGAUGAGGUAGAAAAGGUCAAAGGGUUUCCAUUAGACUCAACUGUUCCUUACAGGGAAAGAUUGAAAAUAUUGACUGGGUUGGUUAACCCAGAUGAUAUGAAUCUGAGUUCUGCAGAGAGGAAACUUGUGCAGGCUUAUAAUGAAAAGCCAGUUCUGUCACGGCCUCAACACAACUUCUAUGUGGGAUCAAAUUACUUGGAGAUAGACCUAGAUGUGCACCGGUUUAGCUUCAUAUCAAGGAAAGGGCUCGAAGCUUUCCGAGAACGGCUGAAGCAUGGUGUAAUCGAUCUGGGUCUAACCAUACAGGCCCAGAAGCAGGAAGAACUCCCUGAGAAUGUCCUGUGCAGUGUAAGGCUAAACCGGCUUGAUUUCGUCGAUCAUGGACAAAUACCAACACUCCUUCCUUGCGAUGACGACUGA